AUGAAGCGACGUUUGGUCGACGGGAAGGAGGACAUUUGGCUCAAUGGAGCAAGGCAAGUGGAAACAGAAGCUCCGAUGGGGGUUUUGGCAGUGGUGCUUGAUAGAAGAAGAGGAACGAAUCUCCUGUGGUUCACGAAGAGACAGGCAGCAUCUGAGCUUAUAAAGACUAAUUUGGAGCUAACUCUUGAACAAUACAGACCAAUCGUGUUGUCUAUUUUUCAUUUUCCAAGUUUACCCUCAGCACGGUGGCCCCUCAGUUUACAGGGUCCGGUGAAGCAUAUGCAUAUGUUGGAUGAUAAAAAACACCAUACCUACAUAUGUAUUUGGGUUGGAAGGUUUGGAUGCCGGCUUAACAUCGGUGUUGGAAUCGAUGGAAUUCUGUUUGGAGUUGCGGGGUUCGGAAGCUUGUGCUUUGGAGGACUUCGCAAAAGCUAUCAAUCUAGUGCAUCUCAGGAAGGAUCUUGUGGAAAGUGGUCAUGUGUUACUAAACCAUGCUUAUCACAAUCAAUAAGAAUACGAAAGGUAGAACCAGACUCAGUGAUUCCGACAGAAUUGGAAUCAGUGAUUCCGACAGAACCAAAACCUUACAAAAACUUCAAAUGA